GUGGCUUAGGGCGGGGCGGGGCGGGGCACAAGGCAGCAGGCUGGGUUCCACGGCGGGGUGGGGCGGGGCGGGGCGGGGCAGUGCGCGUGUGGCCACCUUGCCGAGUCAGGUCGAGGCUCCGAGGCACCGUCGAGCUCAGUGCCACAGUGCCGUUGCUGGGAGGGUGCCGUGCGCGCUGGCACCUCGCGGCAUGACCCUCGCUCAGCUCCCUCACUCCCCGGGGCACUAGACUCCCGCGUGUGCCCGUGCCACCACCACCGCUCCGCCUUCAUCACCACCGCCACCACCUCCACCACCAUCCCUGUUACCCAUGGCGCUGCACUUUUCGUUUGACUAAAGAAAAGUAGAAGGAAGGAAAAGAGCGCGAGACUUGAGCCUGGAAAAGAGUACAUAGGGGAACGAGGAGAAGGAGGAGGAGGGGGAGGAGGAGGAGUGGGUAAAGGAGGAGGAGGAGUGAUACUGAGACUUUUUGAGAGGGAAGAGAGACAGUGCGGGAGGAAGAUUAGUGACUCUUAAACGAAAGAAAUGAAGAAGGAAAGUUGACAAGUCGACUGAAGAAUCUGUGUUGCUGGUAAAGGUCAGUGUGAUCCACAGGUCUCGGCGAGGGGCGUGUACGAUGGGAGUGCCGUGGCUGCCUGGCGCAGCAUGGGCGGCGUGGGCGGCAUGGGUGGCAGCUGUGAGCGUGUCCCGUGCCUUCCCCGGGGCGGCUGGCGCGGGCGUGCAGCUGGCGGGGGACCUUAUGCUUGGCGGACUCUUCCCUGUGCACGAGAAGGGGGACGGCGCCCCCUGCUCCACCGCCGUGUAUGACCGGGGGCUGCAGCGGCUGGAGGCGAUGCUUUACGCGGUGGACCUGAUCAACGCGGACCCCCAGCUGCUGCCCAACACCUCCCUGGGCGUGCACAUCCUGGACACCUGCUCCAAGGACACCUACGCCCUCAACCAGUCCCUCGAGUUCAUCCGCGUGUCCCUCAACGCGCUGGACACUUCGGGCCUGGAGUGCAGCGACGGGCGGCCGCCCAGCGUCAAGUACCGCGCCAAGCCCGUGCGAGGGGUGGUGGGCGGCUCCUACAGCUCCGUCAGCCUGCAGGUGGCCAAUCUGUUCCGGCUGUUCCACAUACCGCAGGUCAGCCCUGCCUCCACGGCGCGCGCGCUCUCCGACAAAAACCGCUACGAGUUCUUUGCGCGAACGGUUCCUCCGGACACCUACCAGGCGAUGGCCAUCAUGGAUGUGAUGCAGCUCUUCAACUGGAGCUACAUCUCCACCAUACACUCCGAGGGCUCGUACGGCGAGUUCGGCAUCGAGGUUAUCCACAACCUGGCGGCGAAGCGCAACGUGUGCAUCGCCGUGUCGGAGAAGAUCCCGCACAACGCGGACCACCGAGUCUACGACGCGGCGCUCGGCAACCUGCUCAAGAAGCCGUCGGCCAGGGCGGUGGUGCUCUUCACGCGCGCCGAGGACGCAAGGGAGGUGCUGAAAGCCGCGCGGCGCCUCAACCUGACGUCCUACUUCCACUGGGUUGCCUCGGACGGCUGGGGCAAGCAGAGCCACCUGGUGGAGGGCCUGCAGAGCGUGGCCGAGGGCGCCAUCACCGUGGAGCUGACCAGCGAGGUGGUGAAGGGGUUCGACGCGUACAUGAGCCGCCUCACGCCCGCCACCAACACGAGGAAUCCGUGGUUCAAGGAGUACUGGGAAAAGUUCUUCGGCUGCCACCUCCAUGUACCACCCGGCAGCGACCUCUCCUGCGGCCCCGACCUCAGGAUCACCAAGGAGGCGGGAUACCAGCAGGACCCCAAGGUUCAGUUCGUGGUGGACGCCGUGUACUCGUUCGCCCACGCGUUGGCGGACCUGCAGAAAAGCCAGUGUCCGGGCAAGACCUCCGUGUGUGAUGCCAUGAACAACUACGACGGCGGGGACUUCUACAGAGAGUACCUGCUCAACGUGUCCUUCAAAGGGUCGGAGGGGGUGAAGCUGCAGACGGUACCCGGGACGCCCUCCCGCACGGCAACGGAGCCCGGCAGCCAGGGCAUGGAGAAUGAGGCGCUGCUGUGAGGGGCACGCCACUAACAUCGCCUGCAACACAGCUAACACCAGAACUACACCAGCAGCAACCGAGGCGUGGAGAUGAGGUGUUCAUGUGAGGGGGAACUCCACUAACACCCUCUGCAACACCGCCAACACCAGAACUACAACCUUAAACAUCAGAGGCGUGGAGAUGAGAUAUUGAUGUGAGGGGGAACACCACUAACACCCCCUGCAACACCGCCAACACCAGAACUACAACCUUCAACAACGAAGGCGUGGAGAACGAAUUGGUGAUGCUGGGAGGGAAACACCACUAUAACACCACCUGGAACACCGCUAACACCGCCUGCAACACGGCUAACACCACCUGCAACACCGCUAACACCACCUUCUGUACUGCUAACGAACAAGACCAUCACCACCACCAGUUUUCGAGAGGCAAGGGUGAUGCUAUUAACCACCACAACCACCACCACGACCCAGGUACACUAGCUCAACACCACUAACCACCACCACCAGUAAAAGUAUUGAUUUGAACACCACAACUACUAACCCUAGAGUUGUUAUUGCUACUACUACUACUACUACUACUACUAUUUCUUUCUUCUUCAUCUUUUCCUUCUUCUUCUUCUUCUGCUUCUUCUUCUUCUUCUUCUUCUUCCUCCACCUUCACCUCCACGUAUAAAUAGAAAAAAAUAAUACUGGGAAUGCAUUUCCUAAACCGACCCCGCCAUCACCUCCACCACCACCACCACCACCACCAUUACCACCGACCUCGCCUUCCGCCCCAGUCCCGCCGACCAUCUGUGUUUAAAACCAUAGCCGGGACCUUUACUGCUUUGGUCGCCGCUGCCUCACCCUACCCCCCUUCCUCCUCCUCCUCUUCCUUGCCGCCUCUCCCCUUUUCCCUUCCCCUGCCUUCCUUCCUUUCUCUUCCUCCGUGCGAUCUGGCCUGCUUCCUUGCUUUCCUCCUCCUCCUCCUCCUCCUCCUCCUCCAGCAUCACCACACCCAACACCCAAACUUUUCUUUCUUUACUUCCGGCGAUAAAAUUCUCGUUACGGCGACUCCCGACAUUCCCCUUCGCGUGUUUGGUUUGUGAUCUUAAUGCAAGGGACUCCUCUCGCCGGCGCCCAGAGCAGCGCCGCGCCAGACAGACAGACGGAUGGGAAAAAAAACUAACCAUCGGCGCACUUAACAUAGGAAAUAAAAGAGUUACGAUGUCAAAUAAGGCGAGAGAGAAACAUAAACAUAGAGAAAUAAAUAUAACAUGUGGAAGAGAGAGAGAAAAAAAAGCGAAAAUAUCCAUAAAAGGCGGACACAUAAACUAACCUUUGGCAUAAUGAAAGAAUAAUAGAUGAAGUUGCGGUAUUAACUGAGGCGAAGAUGAAACGUAAACAAAGAAAUAAAACAAGUAAAGAGGAAAAGAUAUAGAGAAUUAAUACGUUACGGUUUCUAUUACGGCGAGGAUCAAACAUAAAUAUAAAGAAAUUAAUGAUAGAGAAAAGAGAAAUGUGCUUCAGAUAGACACGAAGAAAUCACCACAAAGAAUUAAUAAAAAAAGUUACGAUGUCAGUUAAGGUGAAGAUUAAACAUGAACAAACAAACAAAGAAAAAGGCGGGGAAGAGAAAAUGAGAAAUGAAUCGUAAACAAGCAAAGAUUAACAAGCACACACACACACACACACACACACACACACACACACACACACACACACACACACACACACACACACACACACGAGAUUAAAAAAAACACGAAAAAAGCAAACAAGAAACCAAGCAAGCACAAACAGCGAAGAUUAAACCCAGACACACACACACACACACACACACACACACACACACACACACACACACACACACACACACACACACACACACACACACACACACACACACACACACACACACACACACACACACACACACACACACACACACACAGAAACAAACACACAAACACACAUAAACAAACAAAGGGAGAAUUAGCUUAACCAACACCACC